AUGGCCGCAGUGUGUUUACGGACUAGUGAAUUAUUUUUAUUAUUAUUUUUAAUAAUCAGCACGUGUGCCGUCGCACCACCAUGGAUAUUUUCUGUAAAACAAUACACGAAAACUUGUGAUGUUAACAGGUGUGUGUUUGAUAUUGAUGUGAACGCGAAAAAUGUGGAUGAAUGGUCCUUAACUUUGGAGCCGGCGUCCGAGCAAAAAUGUGGAUCUUUGUUUGUGAAUAACGUAUUUGAAAAUGUACUUGUUGAAUUACCUAAUGAUGGGAGGAGGGUGUACUUCUGUGUUAAAAGCGAUGGAUUGUGGCACCAUCAAGGAGAAGGUGUCUAUUUGGACUCAAAUGACGUCACCGGCCCGAACGCCAUAGAUUUACCAAUCGAAAACGAGAUCGAAGAUGAAGAUGAUGACUUCACCAGCAUCAUUGAAGAUUCCUAUGCACCAAACCACGAAAGGAUCCGUCGCCAAGCUGAUGCACCGACCACAGCAGCUCCAGAAGUCGCUGACACCUCGGACGCACCAGUCGAAACUGCUGUAGACUCGAAUGCUACUGUGAACUCAAGUUUAGGCCCCAAAUUUGUCCAUCCAGAAGGAGCUAUCAAACUGAUGGGUCUGAGGGUUGAAGAGUCGGAGAAGGAACCGAAAAUUGUAGACGAUUUAAUUCCUAGUGUUCUUCGUGAAACCCAUUUCUUUUUAAGACUUUUUGGAGAGAAUUUUACCAAUGAUACAAUUAUUGCUUUUACACAUACCCCAGCGGCUUAUGGCGAUACUUGUGAUCAUCUUCUAAAUGGAGAAUAUAAGGUGUCCUACGCCGAAGCGAACUCCGCACUCCUCUCAAUGAUCGCCCCUCCCCCACUAGACGACUACAAAUUCUACAUCUGCGCGAAAAACUCCGAAAAAGAGCAUUUCCUGCACCAAGGUUCCGAAAAAUGGAAGAUUUUGGCCACACAUAACAAACUCUUACCUCUAUGGGCUUCAAUUAUCCUGAUCAUAAUCCUACUGCUUCUGGCUUCUCUCUUCUCCGGUUUGAAUUUGGGUCUGAUGGCUUUGGAUAGGACUGAGUUGAAGAUCAUAGCUAAUACUGGAACUGAGAAGGAGAGGAAAUAUGCCAGAGCAAUCAUGCCGGUCAGGGCUCAUGGAAACUAUCUUCUAUGUACAAUUCUUUUGUCUAACGUCGCCGUCAACAGCACGUUCACUGUUAUUCUUGAUGAUCUGACGUCUGGUCUGGUGGCUGUUAUUGGCUCGACCCUGGCUAUUGUGUUCAUUGCUGAAAUUACUCCUCAAGCCGUCUGCGCAAGGCAUGGAUUGUUUGUUGGUGCUAAGAGUAUCUGGAUUAUGAAGAUCGUGAUGGGUAUCUGCGCCCCACUGGCGUGGCCGACCAGCAAGCUCCUGGAUUACUUCCUGGGUGAGGAAAUCGGAACACAUUACAACAGGGAGCGCCUAAAGGAGUUGGUCAGGGUAACAGACCAUGUGAACGACUUGGAUAAAGAAGAGGUGAACAUCAUCUCUGGUGCCCUCGACCUUCGCAAGAAAAAGGUCAGCGACGUGAUGACCAAGCUCAAGGACUGCUUCAUGCUGCCCAUCAACAGCAUCCUGGACUUCGAGACUAUGUCUGAAAUUGUCAAGUCUGGCUACUCCCGCAUCCCAGUAUACGAAGGCACCCGCGGCAACAUAGUGACGGUGCUGUUCAUCAAGGACCUGGCCUUCGUGGACCCUGACGACAACACUCCGCUGCGGACGCUCUGCCAGUACUACCAGAACCCCUGCAACUUCGUCUUCGAGGACAUCACCUUGGAUGUCAUGCUGAAGCAGUUUAAGGAAGGUCACAAAGGCCACAUGGCGUUCGUCCAGCGCAUCGAGGAAGGAGAUGGUGAUCCAGUGUAUGAGACAGUUGGUCUGGUCACCCUAGAAGACGUCAUCGAGGAGAUGAUCCAGGCUGAAAUUGUAGACGAAACUGAUGUUAUCAGUGACAACCGCACGAAGAAGCGUUUGGCCCGUCCACUCAACAAGUUCCAGGAUCUGGCUGCAUUCGCUGGCCAUCAUGAGCACCAGCGCGUCCACGUGUCUCCACAGCUGGUGCUGGCUACCUUCCAGUUCUUGAGCACUAGCGUGGAUCCAUUUAAGGUGGACCAUAUCUCUGAGACGGUGCUCCGUCGUCUGCUGAAGCAGGAUGUCAUACAACACAUUAAACUGCGAGGUGACGAGGACAGGAACGACCCUAAGAGAUACGUGUUCUCUGAAGGAAAGCCGGUGGAUUACUUCGUCCUGAUCCUGGAAGGUCGCGUGGAAGUGACGGUGGGGCGCGAGAACUUGGUGUUCGAGGCCGGACCAUUCACUUACUUCGGCGUACAGGCGCUCACGCAGAACGUAGGACUAGCUGAAGCACCAGCACCCUCGACCCUGGGCUCGCUGCAGAAUCUGAACAUGGACUCCAUGCUGCGUCACUCCUUCGUGCCGGACUACUCUGUCAGAGCCAUCGCUGAACUAUACUACCUCACUAUUAAGAGAUCAAUGUACUUAGCCGCCAAGCGCGCCACUUUGAUGGAGAAGGGAGUGCUUGGCAGAGGAGGCACCAACGAACAAAUCGAGCCGGAGGUCGAUAAGUUGCUUCGCGACGGCGACAACCGUGUUGAGGAGAUCCGAGAGGAGAGGCAACGCGAGGACAAUUCUAAACCGUACGUACCGACUUCUGCCAGCCCCCAUACGAACGCAACAUUCAAGUCAGACAAGGAAGUACAUCCCGAAGAAGAAAAGUUAUUAAAAAAGUAA